AUGGAAGUCAAUAAAGAAGAAGCCCUAAGAUGUUUGUCCAUAGCUCAAAAACAUAGAUCUGCCUCAAAUUUCCCUACAGCAUUGAAAUUCGCAUCGAAAUCCGUAUCUCUUUACUCUACACCAGAAGGUGAAGCUUUGGUGACUAUCAUUCAGAGAGAGAUUAAGAUAUCUGAAUCUUCUUCCAAUACUCGACCAACAAAUGGACCGAAUGGAUCUAACGGUACAAGUGGGAUGGAACAACAAGGGGAAUCUAGUAGAUCAGCUAGAUCCACAGGGGUGGAAGAACACGUUAGUGAAAGUGGGACACAUAGGAGGAUGGGACAUGACGAAAAAGGUAAAUCCAAGGAAAAGGAAAAGGAAAAGAGAGAGUAUACUGUCAAACAAAUGGAAGUUGUCAAAAGGGUAAAGAUGUGUAAACAUCAUCAAUAUUAUGAGAUUUUAUCUUUGGAGAAAACCUGUACUGAGAAUGACGUGAAGAAGGCAUACAAAAAGUUGGCAUUACAAUUACAUCCAGAUAAAAACGGUGCCCCGGGCGCAGAUGAGGCGUUCAAGAUGAUAUCCAAAGCUUUCCAAGUUUUAUCCGAUUCCAACCUUCGUUCAAUAUACGAUUCCAACCCAUCUGUAGAUCCAACUCAGAGGGGAAACCCUUCUUCAUCCGGAUCAAACAUAUUCCGUACUCGUCCCGCUCCCGGUGGAGGAGGGUUUCAAGGUGAUAUAAACCCUGAAGAUUUAUUCAACAUGUUUUUCGGUGGUGGAUUACAUCCACAAGGAAACGUAUUCACAUUUGGUGGUCCUGGUAUAUUUCAAGCUCAAUUCGGUGGUGGUGGUGGUGGUGGACCUAUGAAUCAAAGAUAUCGUCAACGUAAUCAAACGAAUGAAAAUACAGGACCUACAUCACCUUUAAUGGCAUUAUUACCAUUAAUAAUUUUAUUCUUAUUCGGUUUAAUAUCAAUCAUACCAAGUUUAUUCUCUGGACCAAACGUUCCUGAUCCUAAAUAUAAUUUCGAACCUUCUGAUAAUUUUGAUUUGGGAAGAACUACUUGGAAUUGGGGUGUACCAUAUUGGGUUAAUGGGGAAGAAUGGGAAGGAAGUAAAUUAUGGCAAAGUGUACCUGAAACUAGAAGGGAUAAGAAAGAUGCUGCUAUGUAUAGUAGUAAAGUUAGAGUUUUCGAAAGAGGUGUUGAAAGUGUUUAUGCGGGUAGAUUGAGGAAUGAGUGCGAAACCUUUUCUAUUCGACAACAACACCGUAUCUCCCAAGAAGCCGGUUUCUUCGGUUUUGGUGCGGAUUACGAAAAGAUCAGAUCUAUACAAUCAGAGAAAUCACCAGCAUGUGAACAACUUCGUCAAUGGGGUUUAACACAACAAGCUUGGUAG